AUGAGCAAGGCAGUGCUUCAACCAUUUGAACAGUCAAAGGCACGAGUCACCUUCGUGCAGACCGUGGCAGAGCUCGCCACGCGUCCUCAGAACAUCGAGGCGCUCCAGUCUGCAGGCGUGAUGAGCUUGCUGCGUCCUCUCCUCCUCGACAAUGUUCCCUCCAUCUCCCAAAGUGCAGCUCUGGCCCUCGGUCGUCUCGCCAACAUGAAUGAGGAGCUCGCCGAGAGUGUGGUCAACAACGAGAUCCUUCCCCAGCUCGUCAUGUCCCUCAACGAACAGAAUAUCUUUCUUUCUAUUUAGCGCUUCUACAAGAAAGCUGCUGCUUUUGUCCUCAGAGCUGUGGCGAAACACUCCACCCAACUCGCGAAGGCUGUGGUGGACUCUGGCGCUUUGGAAGCACUGGUUGUGUGCCUAGAGGAGUUUGACCCAACCGUCAAGGAAGCUGCAGCUUGGGCGCUCUCUUACAUCGCCAAACACACGCCCGAGUUGGCCAUGUCCGUUGUGGAGGUCGGCGCAGUUCCACUCUUGGUGCUUUGCGUGCAAGAGCCAGAGCCCACCUUAAAGAGGAUUGCUGCUUCAGCUUUAAGCGAAAUCUGCAAGCACUCAGCUGAGUUGGCUCAGUUUGUGGUGGAUGCUGGAGCAGUGCCCUUCUUGGCUCAGUUGAUCAACCAUCAAGAUGCUCAACUCAAGAGACAGGUCUGCUCUUGUCUCGCUAACAUCUCUCGCCACACCAUCGAUCUUGCUGAAAUCGUGGUCGACAACGACAUCUUCCCUAAGAUCCUCUACAGACUCAAGGACAAUGACAACUUGGUGAGGAAAUAUGCUGCCAUCUGCAUCCGAGAAAUCGCCAAACAGAGCUUGGAUCUUUCCAAACUGAUCUGCAACUCAGGAGGAGCGGUUGCCAUCGUUGACUUCAUCUCUGAGGCCAAGGGAGAAGCACUUCCCGGCAUCAUCACUCUCGGAUAUAUCUCUGCCUUCGACGAGACUCUAGCCAUGGGAGUUAUUCAAGCUAAAGGAAUCAAUCCUCUCAGAGACGCCCUUAAAAACGAAAAUGAAAGCGUAAGAGCAGCCGCUGCCUGGAGUUUGGGUCAAAUGGGUGGUCAUACUCCUGAUCACGCCAAGGCACUAGCUGAGCAGGACAUUCCAAGGCUUCUACUUGACCUUUAUCGCGACUCUAGCAGUUCUGAGGAUUUGAAGAAGAAAGCAAAGAAGGCACUAAAGAGCAUCCUGCAGAUGUGUUCCCACCUGAGCGCCCUUGAAUCCCUUAUCGAGAACUGUCCCACUGAAAUCCUCCACUACGUGCUGCACCAGUUCGCCAAGACCCUUCCUAACGACCCUGCUGCCAAGAAGUCCUUCAUCCAGAAGGGCGGCCUCAAGAAGAUCCAGGAGAUUAAGACGGAGCCAGGAGACAAGCUGAAGCAAUACAUCGACGAAAUCAACGCCCUUUACCCGCUGGAAAUCGUGCAGUUCUAUUCUCCCGGUUACGAGCAGACCCUGCUUAAGAAACUGGAAGACGAGUGA